AUGUCGUUCGUCAUGCACGAAGUUGUUUACUUUGGCCGCUCACUCCCAUGGAUGAUUAUUGAUAGGAUUCCUUGGUUCCGAAGAUACAAAAUUCAAAACACCAAGAUUCCAACCGCAGCAGAGCAAUGGAGAUGCGCAAAGCUGGUUCUUCUAUCUCACUUCACUGUCGAGCUUCCUCAGAUCUGGCUUUUCCACCCCAUGUGCAAGUACUUCGGUAUGGAUACGGAUAUUGCCUUUCAAGUCGCCAUUUUCUUUGUUCUGGAGGAUACCUGGCACUAUUGGUCCCAUCGUGCUUUCCACUGGGGCCCACUUUAUAAACACGUCCACAAGAUUCAUCACACAUACGCGGCACCCUUCGGCCUUGCCGCCGAGUACGCUUCCCCUAUCGAGGUUAUGGCUCUUGGUUUUGGGACUGUCGGUAUGCCAAUGGUAUGGUGCAUGGUUACCAAAGAUCUUCAUAUUCUCACGGUCUAUAUCUGGAUUGUUCUUCGGCUCUUCCAAGCCAUUGAUGCCCAUUCUGGUUACGAAUUCCCCUGGAGUUUGCACCACUUCCUUCCUUUCUGGGCCGGCGCCGAACACCACGAUGUUCACCACGAAAAGUUCAUUGGCAAUUAUGCGAGUUCUUUUAGGUGGUGGGAUUACCUUCUCGAUACCGAGGCUGGUCCGGAGGCUGCUAAGAAGAGGCGUGAGAAGAAGCUGGCCAAGGAAACUGCUAAAGCUAGAAAGGCUCUGUAGGCUGGUUACAAGCAUUAUCUGUUGUCGCGGUGGGGUUUUUGGGAGCUGCAAAGUAUUACAUCACUAAUUCUGUUUUUUGUUUUCAUGGUUACGGCGAUUGGGGGGUUGGCCUUACUCAAGGAGAUGGAGAGGUCUUUCCACCCCCAAGUAGGGUCUUUAGGAGAACUGGUGUUUUGCUAAUUUUACUUUUUCUUGUUCAUGAAACCGCUGUUAAUAUCGGGUGGCGGAUUGGAUGCCGGAUCACCUGAAAAUAAUACCUCUGUACAUGUUUGGGCUGAAUAGAUAAUUAUGGGCUUUCA